GUUUUUCUGAAAUGCACCUGCGCUUCAUGUGUUGUGUUCUCUGUCACUGGUUGUGUUGUGAGAAGUUGGAAGAGCUCUUCGUUUCUUCUGGACGUUAGUUAACAUAACUGUUUACUUGACAGACAGAUAACCUCCUUUCUAAAAUGUCCGGUGAUAGCAGCCUGUCCUCGGCGGAGGUAGUUCUGGGUUUCCUGGAGGAGGCGGAGCCGUGGCGGCUUCUGUCCCCGCAGUUCCCCAGUAAAGUCGGGGGGAAACCGGCGUGGCUCAGGCAGACAGGCCUGCCCUCACCGGCCGAGCUCGAGUGUGAGAUAUGUCGCCUGCCUAUGGCCUUCCUGUUGCAGGUUUACGCACCCAUUUCUGGUCAGGACAGAAGUUUCCACAGAACGCUCUUCCUGUUCUGCUGCAAAACUCAUGAGUGCUACACGUGCAACGCCAGCCGCUGUUUUAAAGUUCUCAGAAGCCAGCUACCGAGGAAGAACGAGUUCUACCCGUACGACCCUCCACCAGAGGAUGAACCCCCCAGCGAUCCUGAACCGGACCAGAGUGUGCUGUCCGUCUCUGGAGUUAAACUAUGCUGGGUGUGCGGUUGCCCCGGCAACAAAGCCUGCUCCCGCUGUCACACCGUAACGUACUGUGGAAAACACCACCAGACCCUCCACUGGAAAGACACACACAAGAGGGAGUGUUGCAACCAAGAAGCGUCCAUUGUUACAACCUCUACCUUCCUCUUCCCUGAGUCUGAGCUGGUCACUGAACCUGAGGAAAAAGAAGACGAGAAGAAGGAAGACACAAAGGAGGCUGAAGAAGAGGAAGCGAGUGUUGAUUGUCACUCCGUAGCAGAAACCCUGGCAGAGACAGACCUGGAGGAGAUGGCUAUGCAUGAGACUGAAGACAACAAAGUGUUCCAGCGGUUUAAAAAGAGGAUCGCACCCGAACCACACCAGGUGGUGCGUUACAGUCGAGAGGGCCGACCCUUGUGGGUCUCUUCUCAGCACAUCCCUUCAGAUCAAGAUAUCCCAGCGUGCACCUGUGGCGCCAAGAGGACUUUUGAGUUUCAGGUGAUGCCACAGCUGUUAAACAGUCUGCGUGUGGACUCGACAGGAGCCAGUAUCGACUGGGGGACACUGGCUGUCUACACGUGCUCUGCCAGUUGUAACCAUGACGACCAGUAUUGCCCCGAGUUCAUUUGGAAACAGGACUUCAGCUCGGAUCCACACACAGAUUAAAUCUACAUAAUAUAUGUCAUGCUGAUGCACAUGAAAGCUCAGACUCAGCAGUGAGGAAAGUGGUUUUAGCUCUGACCGGAGUAAUCACACCUGCAUUGAUGUCAUUCCUUAUUUAGUGGACUGGACAUGUGUUAUUGUAACCGAUUAUACACAGACAGAUCUAAAAAUCAGAUGAGAGAGAUCACAGUUAUCUUCCCAUCACUAUCAAGGACAAUGUUUUUGGAGCGUGGAUAUUCAUGGCCUGGAUUAAAAAGUUCAGAUAGUCAAACGGGAAUUCUGGUUCUGGUUGCUUGCCACUUCCAAACCUUUUCUAUUUUAAAUACUGUUCAGAGUAUGCAAUGCAUCAGUUUUGGCCUAUGUGGUUAGUGGGUUAUUCCCAUUAUCAGUGCUACAAAAUACAGUGGAUACAUUGAAGCUUAUAGUCAGCAGAACAAAUAAAAUAUGACCUUGUGCUUUAUUAUCACCCAAUAAGGCUUUUAACAAAGUUAUCUGGACAAGCAUCCAUCUGAUUUUCUGCUAUUUUUAGUGAGUCCAAGACAAAUAAUGUAGUUGAACUAUGACCUGUCAAUUAUGUCCCCCACUUACAGUAUUGCAAUGUCAUUUUAACUGGCUAGUAUAAAUUAAAUCAGGGGUUAGAUCUCAUCUCAGAAAGAUCACAUUUGUGCUACAUGAAACUAAUUUAGCAAAGAAAGUUUAAAUAGAGACUAACUUUUGGAUACCAAAACAAGUUGUGGCAAUUACAACAAUGAUAAAACACAAAGAAAGAGCUAAGAGCAGCAAACUGGCCGAAUAAUGUUGCACAGCAAAAUCUCUCUAAAGUUUGCUAACAUUAGCUGCCAUAAGAGACCAGACUUUGCAGACCAGUGAGGCUGUAGCAGAAAAACUGCAAAGUACAUUGAAUUGAACAAGGGUGCAUUUUAAUGCUUAGGAAUUUAAGUUCUGAGAGGAAUGUUUUGUUUCUUUUGUCAUAGUUACGCAGCCUUACUUUGAAUAAAGGCUAUGUUUUGACUAGUGUACAUAUGCACCGAUUUAUCAGCCAAGCAU